CAUCUAUGCCCUCUUAAAGACCUCAUGACACGUGGAAAAUAAAGUAAUAUACAUACACACAUUGAAAGUACACAUACAAAAUAGUCACUUGAAGUUGGUUUUAAUCAUUAUGAUAGAGAAAUUGAGUUUGUACGGCCUUUUAAAAGUGCGAUUUUUGCGAUCUGCUACCGACCUUCCUAUUAGUCAGUCACAUGACCUAUGACGUACACUCCGGAACGGCUCCUUGGUCAAGACACUAUCCCACCUGUCACUCACGACUAUCCUGACACCUGUCAACAACAUGGAUUCUGACAACUCCGAUUCAUCCUCGGAUCCUGACACAUUUUUCGAAGUGGCAGAGUCCGACCCAAUGCUGGAGGACAAUGUGAGGGGCGUUAUGCCCUAUAGAUACGAGCCAUACUUGGAUGAGUUGGAGCCACAGGGUUCUACGGAAAGUUCGGAUGGCGAGGCAGAAGGCGCUGUUGGUGGUGCUGCUGUGGCAGACGGUCGGAUGCCUAUGGAUUUUGGCAGACUACAGCACGUGGAAUGGUGUUCUUGUGGGAGAUGUGAGCCAAUGCCACUGGUAGUGGAGUCGGUGUGCUGCCGCGAACAGUCAAGAGUGUGCGAGAGGAGAGAGGAGGAGGGAGCAGACACCCGCUGCAUCACAGAACAUUCUGGCUUUGAGCCAGUUUGUCUGAAUCUGCAUGUUCUGCGCACCGCACAUUUCCACUAUCGGCAAGAAUACGGGGAUGUAGAGGGAAACGAGUGGAAGAGGUACACUGGAUACAGACAGUUUGUGCGAUGGUGCUACGAGUACCUGGGAAGACAUGUCAGGGUCCCCAUACCUUCCUGUGUGGUGUGGUGUAUCCGGAGAACUUUUCCCUCCAUUGAUUACAGGGGGUUCCAGGACACCAACAGCCCGUGAUGAUACAUGUAUGCUGUUAACUUGUUAAUUUUGUUUUUUUAGUUUAAAUACAUGAGUUUGUAAAUACAUGAAAAUGAAUGUCAAUACAUGAUACCUCUGGCUUCACAUGAAUGUGUCUUCAUUUUUACAACUUACAACAGCUUACAACAAAUAGGCCUAGCAAAUCAAUUUACACCUUCACCAUGGAAGGGUAGCUGAUAUUUUUGAUCAUACGGUGUCUAAGAUGUGCUGUACUUCAGGGACAAUGCAAUACAAGCCCACAUGGAUAAGGGGGAAAACUGUAGCAACACAGACAUACUACACACCCUGUAAUGACACUUUUCAGAACACCAAGGUGAGGAUGGAGCAGGAGGUUCCCAACACAGUAAAUCAAAGCACUCACGGCAAAGAUGAAAUUAAGUUUGUGUUUAUUCCAUUCAGUCCGGUUCUCAUGUGUACAUUUAGGUGUUAUUUGUAAUGCUAAAGCGGGUCAUAUGUGCAUUGACUGCUGCCCUCUUAUCCGGCUUUUCGAAUGAUGCAUUGAGUGGCUCUGUAACAGGGGACGGGUCUGGGAUGUCAAAGUCAUCACCGUUGUAGUCCUCACCUCGACACAUGGCCUCCACCAUCCGCAUCAGCUCUUCAGCAUAGCC